AUGUCUGCACGUAAAGAAAUGAACAAACAACUUUAUGAUGCUGUGAAGAGAAAUGAGGUAGAGACAGUCACUAGUUUGAUUGAAAGAGGAGCAGAUGUUAAUGCACGUGGUUAUUCUUGGGGCUGGACUGUUCUGAUACAAGCUUGUGUUAAUGAUAACAAAGGGAUUGUUGAGCUGCUAUUAAGAAGUGGAUCAGAUGUGAAUGAGACUAACGAUGGUGGCUGGACAGCUUUGAUGUGUGUAGCAGAGACAGGAAAUGAAAAUAUCUUUGAUUUACUCAUCAAACAUCAUUCAGAUGUGUUGAAGAAGAAUAUGUUUGGAGUAACAGCUCUUCAUAUUGCUGCAAGGUUGAAUCACGUGACCAUUAUGAAAAAGCUAUUUUCUGUUGGUGUGUCUGUUGAUAUCAAUGAUAAUGAAGGCUGUACACCACUGUUGUUUGCUGCUCGUAAUGGUCACGUUUCUUGUGUUGACUUUCUUCUAAACCAUGGAGCAAGUCCUCACCAUAAAAGUCAGAGGGGAUCACCACUGGAUGUUGCUAAGCAACAUGGUCAUGUUGAUGUGGUACAGAUGAUGGAACAAGCCAUAAGAUUUUUAGGUUUUGGACAGUUUUUCGAAUACUUUACAAACAGUUAGGUGAGUUAUAUUUGUUAUUUUCUACAGCAAACGAUGAGGAAGCGCGUGUGUGUGACGUUGAUCAGAAAGAACAGAUGAUAAGUCAACUGAAACAACAGAUUUCUGCUCAACAAAUUGAGAAUGAAAAUUUGAAAGAACAACUGACACAAUCAGUGCGUGAGAGUGAAAUGAUAUUGAUGAGAAGUGAGAUGGCAAAGAAAGAGAAGGAAAUAGAGGGUCUGAUGUCUGCUCUUGCUACUGCCAGUAGAAUUGCUGAUGUGAAAAUCGAACAAUCAAAUGGCGAUGAUUAAUAUUAUAGAAGACAAACUGCCAGACUUGGUCAACGUGGAGGUUUUUUCCGAAGUUGCUCAGACGUUCCAGUCUUUGUUUUGCACGAGGUCAGUCAAUUGGCUGCUCAAAGACCAACCGCAUUGGGUGACUAUUUGGGAGUUACCGAAGUAGACCUCAGCACGAUGCCAACCACUGACAUUCCAUCCGAAAAAGUUCGGAGUAUGAUCGUCUGCUGGAUUAACAAACAAGGUGAAGGGGCAACACUGGACAAGUUGUUAGAGGUGAUGCAGUUUAUUGGAUUGUUGGGUGCCCUCAAAUCGAGACUCGCUCAGACAGUGGAGGAUGUUUUGUAAAGGACGAGUUGAUAUUAAUUGUUUGCAAUUUAAAAUUUCUUGUGUGUAUCAUGUGAGUCAACCGUGUGUGGUGUUCUAUUAUGAUUGGACAUAUAGUUAGUAUUGAAACUGUUUUAGCUAAUUAUCAUGAUUGCAAUACAUUGUGUUUCUUUCUCUGCUAA